AUGCGUGCCGCACUGGCUCCCCAGCUCCGGAGCCCAGCCCGGACGGCGAGCCCCUGGAGCCCGAACCGGGACCGAGAGGCCCGCAUCAGCGCCCGCCAGUAUCAGCGCCUUCGCCAUGCUGACGUUAGUAGCGGCGGCCAACGAGAGCACUUUGAACUGACGACGGCAAUGGACUUGACCUCCGCACUAGAGCUCCGUCUGUACGAGGCCGAGCAGCGAAUAUGCGCGCUGCUUCGCGACGUCGAAUAUGUAGAAGAGUUUCGCCAGCUCUUUCACGAGGCACGAGAGCGCCAGGCUGAAGGAUGCCUCGUAGUUCGACCUCCAUCCGCACCGAGGCCAGCAACGACCAGGACCAGACCGUGGACCGUUCCGGUGGCCCGUGAGGAGGCCGCUUCCUCGAUGGUCCGAGUGGAGGCCGUGGAGGCUCGGGUCGCCAAACUUGAGGCGCUCGACCUCGACGGCCUCAAGGAAGUGUCGACCAUGAAGGCCGCAGCUGAAGCUUUGGACGUCAGAGUGGCAAGCCUUGAAGCUGCAGCUGCCGACUUCGAUGGUCACAAGGAAAUGGAGAGGGUGCUGGCGCGGGAGAGUCUGGCAACCUCAACGCAUCUUGCAGAGCUGGCAUUGCAGCAGGACGACAUGGAGCUGCAGCUGGAAUCGAUCCGAUUCACAGCCCCCUUGUGCACGCAGAAGCGUCGGUGGCCAAAGCAAGCCACGCAAGCCGAGGAGAAAGCCUUUGCUCAGGCGUCAGAAGUCUCAGAGAUAGCGGAGCAAGCUCAGAGCUUGACAAGACGUCAAGAUGCCAUGGAGUCUCAGUUCGAGGAGUUUGGCAGAGCGCUGUUGGGACUGCUGAGUGACUUCCAGGUGCACGCGGCUCUUGCCGAACAGCACUGGGGCUUUCAGGAGGCGAGCCAAAGACAAGCUUCGCACACUGAGACGCCAGAACGCGAAGGAGUGAGUGCUUCGUAG